UCCUCRUCAGCACUCCCAUGCUCAUACCCCUUCUUAAAGUCCGGCUUUGCAGGGGAACUGCUAAUCUCCAACAAAAAGGGAUUGUGACGUUGCUCGCSUGCUCGCCUGUGGUUUUUUUUCUCCUCCUGGCUCUCCUCCAAGGAUCUUCCCUGCUCGUUCGCUGCAUUCUCAAGAUGAAGCCCCCGGUGGCUCUGGCGGUGCUGGCGGCGCUGGCGCAGGUUUCGCAGCCGUCGCCCGCCUCGUCCCGCCGGCCGUGGUGGAGGCUGCUGAGGGAAGCCGAGAGCUGCGGGCGCUGCGACGCGGCGCUCUGCCCCGCGCCCGCGCGCUGCCCCGCCGGCACCGUCCUGGACCGCUGCGGCUGCUGCCCGCAGUGCGCCAACGCCGAGGGGCAGAGCUGCGACCUGGACCACGGCGCCCACUUCUACGGGCAGUGCGGGGACAACCUGGAGUGCCGGCUGGAUGCGGGCGCYGCCGCCGCGCACGGCGAGGUGCCGGAGCCACGGUGUGUGUGCAAGGCCCAGGAGAGCGUGUGCGGCGCCGAYGGCAGGACCUACGACAACAUCUGCCAGCUGAGCCAGGCUUACGCGGGAAACGCCAGCCUCAAGCACAGCGGGCCCUGCGAGUCAGCUCCUGUGAUUUCCGUGCCACCUCAGGACACCCAGAAUUUCACCGGCAACGAUGUCAUCUUUGGCUGUGAAGUGUCAGCCUACCCUAUGCCCCAGCUCGAAUGGAAAAAAAAAGGGAAUAAAAUGUUCCUGCCAGGAGAUGAUGCCCACAUCUCAGUGCAGGCAAGAGGUGGGCCUCAGAAGUACGGUGUGACUGGCUGGCUGCAGAUUCAAGGCCUCAAAAAGUCAGACGAGGGUGUCUACAUCUGCCACACCAAAAACAAGCAYGGUGCCACAUACGCCUCUGCAAGACUGAAAGUCAUCGAUGGUUCAUCUUCCACGUUUGCAUUUACAGCUGGCAGCAGAAGCGCAAGCUACAACACGGAUUACGACGCCUAUUAUGACCACGAGGAGGAGGAGGAGGAGGAGGAUAAAGAAUAUGAAUCUGGAGACUAUGAAAACUGAAACUGUCCAUAAGAAUUUUUAUACAGCUAUUGUCCAAUACCGUUCACAUGCAGUUAUAUUUAGUAGUGUAAUCUGUGCCGUAAAAAGCUGCUCUGGUAACACUAAUAUUCACCUGCGCAUUCCACCUUUCUCAAGGAAUUGAACUGGGGCUGAAAUAUAUUGUGCUACUUACCACAAAAGAGAACAGAUAUAAGUUCAUAUAUUUAGACUGUUAAAUAAAAUUCCUAAAUAUGCAUCUAUUAAUUAUGCUGAAAGGAUCAACUUUUUAUAUUAAUUUUUAAAAUGGUAAAUUAUUGCAUAAUUUCUUUAAAAUAKUCUGAUUGCUUACCAAAAAAGGCCGUAGUUUAGCAAAAAAAUUAGCUUGUAUCAAUUUCCUGAUUUCUAUAAUGUACUAAGAUAUAUCAAGAGUGGAUUGUUCACAUGGCAAUAAGUAGGAGGGUGGCAAGCAGUCUUUAAGCUCCAUAGUUCAUGUUUUCUUUCAACUUCUAGGAAGAUUUUUCUUUUCUUGAACKUUUCUGUGCUUAGUCUCAGCAAGACUAAAUUCUCUGCAAGUUUUACUAGAUACAUGAAGCAAUCACAGUCUUAAGCAGGUUAGUGUUUGACCAGACAGACACACUCAAAACACAUAGGAAGCAUUUGCGGUGCGUCCUCACGGAUGAGCACAUCCUCUGAGUUCUUCCCAUGCUAUUUCCCAAGCUGGUCCUAGGAGUGGCUGCUCCUCCCAGUAGCCCGGACUAUGUUCCAGUAGCCCAGACUAUGUUUCUAGAUUUGGGRUCGUUAUUUAUCCUUUGAUCAGUGUCAUGCUUGGUGGGAAUGACUGCGGGUGAAGGAAGGUGGUUGUUCCAGAGCCCUUCAAACACCUGAAGAUCUUCAUAACAGAUCCAGUGUUUGACCCUUCUGGAUAGUCCCAGACUAUUUGUCCGGUCUUCUGUUAUUUCCAACCUAGGUGUGUUCAGGAUUCCCACAUCCAGCCCUGCUUAUGGAAGUGCCAGACAGAAGGGCAUUAUUUUCUUUCUUAAACCACACCAGAAUAUAUACAUAUUUUUCAAAUUGCAUCACUCACUUCAGUAUGAACCAGACUGCAAACCCAUUGCAACUCAAAAACUCCAGACUUUGGAAUGUGAAAUGAUGGUCCCRAAAAACUUCUCCAGUUGCUUCUGCUAAUUUGCUAAUUUUUACUCAUUCAGURUGGGUCAAGCCGUGUAUUAGGAGGUGCUGGAAUUUUCUCCAAGCUUCAGACACCAAACUAAAAACCAGUCUUGGAGGCUUUUUCACCUAGUAGUUCCCAUCAGCUGAGUGAGAUCAAGUGUCUCAUUUACAACUAAGGAUGAAUUCAGAUGAAUUCAAAGCCUCCUCCUUUGCAAUUUUCUUUGUCUGAUGCACAGAAUCAAGUAGUGACUACUGUACACAUUGAAGUAGCUCAAAUUAAUCAUGUUAAGGAAGUUAUAAGGGCAAUGUUAGUGUGUGCAUGUAUAUGCAUUGUGGGUUUUGAAUGUGACAACAGUGCACCACAAACUCUUCUUUUCAUGUGUUGCUUUGUGCUUUUUUGCCAUUACACUUUUUUUUUUUCAUUCAAUUUGAAUUAUAUUAAUAGAUUUGCUAUAGACUGUGUUUGCCCUGGGGCUUUAUUGAUCUUUGAGCAGGUAGCAAGCAAGCAAAGAAUAAUGUGGUUUGUUUUAUAUUUCCUGGAGUAUUGUCACCUUGUCAYGAGAACCCAUGCCAUUCUGUCAUUGAGAAGAAUGUUUUAAUUAGGAAUAUCAAAUGGUUUCAGACUUAACUAGCUUUUUUUUUGGUUACAAGUUCUUCCUGGUUUUAUUAGUGAUAUGUCUAAGAACUGUUCAGCUUAUUAAAUAUAUAUUAAUUUGAACAAAAAAAAGGUAGAAAUAACAAUUUCUUAAUGAUAUUUUGUAAUGGGAUUAUUUAAUUUACAGACACAGAUUGAAGAUCAGUUGUGAACUACAUUACAAAUGAAUGAAUACAGUUUACUAAACCAGUGACUAAACUGUGGCACAAUAUAUAUUGGCGUAGACUAAAACA